GGGUCUUUGUUGUCCCUGCACCUCUCUACAGGUUCCUGACCUUCAGCCCAAGGCUUCUUUAGCUUUUACUCUGCCCAGUGAGGAAAAUGGCUUUUUGGGCUUAGCUUUGGGAGCCUGGCCUUUGCCUACUUCAGCCCCUGGGCUCUCACCACUGUGAGUGGUGUGACGUAGGACUUGUUUUUGUUGUCUUGGAACCAGAAGGGGUGUUCUUGGCAGGGUUGGGUCUGGCCAGCUAUGUAGGUAGAAGGGCAUCCUUUUCUGUCCUGCAAUUGGGCUUCAUGGCACAUGGCCUCACAUGGUGCCUGGGGACUUUCCUAAGGUUCCACCAUGAGCCAGACUUUGUUCCAAUUCCUGAUUUAAACCUAAACUUCUUGCUAAACUGGUCCUGAAUACUGGGAUUCCUCAGAUUUCAUGCCCUGAAGAUGUGCUGUGGGCUUGAUCUGAUAAACCUUUAGCCUCCUGUAGCUCCUGACUUCCCAGGCUCCUAAUCCCAGUCUCAUAAGAUAAUGAAAUAGAAUAGGCUGGAGGUCAAUGGGCUCAGGGUCAGUUGGUGGGACAAUCAACAGCCUCCUGGCAGCAGAGGUGGUAAAGAGGCAAGGAAGGAGUGCCAGAAAGGGGCGUUGCCCCUGGGUAAGAGCUCAGAAAUGCAGGGGGUGGAAAAGGGGUGGGAUGGGAUCCCACUGGUAGAAAUUACUCCGUCUGUCAAUGAUUAACUCCCAGCCUAAGGGAUGGCCUAGGAGGAGGGCCCAGCUAAGAGGAACUUUGGACUUGAGGCAGGGUAUCCAGAUAGCCGGCGUGUGGUCUGCAGAAGAGAAGGACAUGGCUGAGUGGCAGGGCUGGUCUCCAAGGACUGGAGUGAGAUCCUGCAGCUGUGGGCUUCAAGAAGUCUCCUGGGGCUAUCAGAUGGCUACUUCUUGUAGCAGCAGCUGUGGGGUCCACUGGCCCUGAGCCCUGAGAGGGGUAGCUGUGGGGGACCUCCUGUCCUUUUCCUUGCAGGGGCCUCAGUUGUGCUUUUCCCCUCUAGGCAGCCAUGGGUGCCAGGCAGUGCUGAGAGCAGUGGGGCAUGGCCGCAGCCCUGCAGGUUCUGCCCCGCUUGGCCCGAGCCCCCUUGCAUCCAUUCCUCUGGGGGGGCCCAGUGGCCCGGCUGGCCAGCAGCAUGGCCUUGGCAGAGCAGGCGCGACAGCUGUUUGAGAGUGCUGUGGGUGCAGUGCUGCCGGGCCCCAUGCUGCAUCGGACACUGUCCUUGGACCCUGGUGGCAGACAGCUGAAGGUGCGGGACCGGAACUUUCAGCUGAAGCAAAACCUCUACCUGGUGGGCUUUGGCAAGGCUGUGCUGGGCAUGGCAGCUGCAGCUGAGGAACUACUGGGCCAGCAUCUCGUGCAGGGUGUGAUCAGCAUUCCCAAGGGGAUCCGUGCUGCCAUGGAGCGUGCUGGCAAGCAGGAGAUGCUACUGAAGCCACAUAGCCGUGUCCAGGUAUUUGAGGGUGCAGAGGACAACCUCCCGGACCGUGAUGCGCUGAGAGCUGCAUUGGCCAUCCGGCAGCUGGCUGAGGGACUCACAGCUGAUGACCUGCUGCUCGUACUGAUCUCAGGUGGGGGGUCAGCCCUGCUGCCUGCCCCCAUCCCACCUGUCACACUGGAGGAGAAACAGACACUCACCAAACUGCUGGCGGCCCGUGGAGCCACCAUCCAGGAGUUGAACACCAUUCGGAAGACCCUGUCCCAGCUCAAGGGUGGGGGGCUGGCUCAAGCCGCCUACCCUGCCCAGGUGGUGAGCCUCAUCCUGUCCGAUGUGGUGGGGGACCCUGUGGAGGUGAUUGCCAGUGGCCCCACUGUGGCCAGUUCCCACAGUGUGCAAGAUUGCCUGCAUAUCCUCAACCGCUAUGGCCUCCGUGCAGCCCUGCCACGUUCCGUGAAGACUGUGCUGUCUCGGGCUGACUCUGACCCCCAUGGGCCACACACCUGUGGCCAUGUCCUGAACGUGAUCAUUGGCUCUAAUGUGCUGGCACUGGCUGAGGCCCAGCGGCAAGCCGAGGCACUGGGCUACCAGGCUGUGGUGCUUAGUGCAGCCAUGCAGGGUGAUGUGAAAAGUGUGGCCCAGUUCUACGGGCUGCUGGCCCAUGUGGCUAGAACCCACCUCACCCCAUCCAUGGCUGGGGCUUCUGUAGAGGAAGAUGCGCAGCUCCAUGAGCUGGCAGCUGAGCUUCAGAUCCCAGACCUGCAGCUGGAGGAGGCUCUGGAGACCAUGGCUCGGGGAAGGGGUCCAGUCUGCCUGCUGGCAGGUGGCGAGCCCACAGUGCAGCUGCAGGGCUCAGGCAAGGGUGGCCGGAACCAGGAACUGGCCCUGCGUGUUGGAGCAGAGUUCAGAAGGUGGCCACUGGGGCCUAUAGAUGUGCUAUUUCUGAGUGGUGGCACCGAUGGGCAGGAUGGGCCCACAGAGGCUGCUGGGGCCUGGGUCACACCUGAGCUUGCCAGCGAGGCUAUAGCUGAGGGCCUGGACAUGGCCACUUUCCUAGCCCACAAUGACUCACAUACCUUCUUCUGCCGUCUCCAGGGCGGGCUGCACCUGCUGCACACAGGGAUGACAGGUACCAAUGUCAUGGACACCCAUCUCUUGUUCCUGAGGCCUCGGUGAUGGCAUAGGUCACAUUUUGGGAGUUCAGAGGAGGCCUCCAAGGGCAAGGUCAGAUGGCAGACCAAGGUUGCUCCUCAGGGCCUCACUAGGCUUUAGGGCUCCUCCUUGGCAUUGGCUGCUUGGUUGGCUGUCACUUCUCACUCAGGGCCUCUGCUCUAUGUCCAUUCCCCUCCAGCCAGACUGGCAGAUGGGGGCUCCCCUCUACUCCUACUCUCUGGAUGGCAGCAGGUACCCCUGAGGAUGAGUAUAAGCCCCUCACCCAGUUCACUGUUCCCAUGCUUCUCCCUAGGCAGCCUCUCUGUUGAGCCCCUCACCCUGUUUUUUUCUGUGAAGCGAAAGUGUCUGAAAAUAAAUAGGACUAUGCCAUAGG